UGUGAGAGCUACUUACUAAUUACUCAGUUCGUCGAAUCAAGGUCCCAGUUCAAGAGUGGUCUUGUCAAUCAUGCUUUUGCAUCUGCACUUAGAACACUGCUCCUGGAUUACCAAGCCAUGGUGGCCCAGCUUGAACAUCAAUUUCGUUUGAGAAAACUUUCGGUUCAAGGAUUAUGGUUUUAUUGCCAGCCAAUGAUCGGGUCAAUGCAAGCCUUAUCCAUAGUGAUAAGGAAGGCUUCAUCUAAUAAUUUCAUUGGCUCUGCUGUUCUUAACCUUUUGCAAAGCCAGGCCAAGGCCAUGGCUGGUGACCAUGUGGUGCGAUCUUUGUUGGAAAAGAUGUCACAAUGCGCAAGUCAAGCAUAUCUUGGAAUAUUAGAGAGGUGGGUUUAUGAGGGAGUGAUUGAUGAUCCAUAUGGCGAAUUUUUUAUUGCUGAGAACAAGUCUCUUCAAAAGGAAAGUCUCACACGAGAUUAUGAUACAAAGUAUUGGCAAAAACGGUACAGCCUGAAAGAUGACAUUCCUAGUUUCCUUGCAAAUGCCGCUGAAACAAUUUUGACGACCGGAAAAUAUUUAAAUGUUAUGAGAGAAUGUGGGCAUAGUAUUCAGGUUCCUGUAUCUGAAAAUUCAAAGUUAACGACAGUAGGGUCUAAUCAUCGUUACCUUGAGUGCAUCAAAGCUGCUUAUGAUUUUGCUAGUGGAGAAUUAUUAAAUCUCAUAAAAGAAAAGUAUGACUUAAUGGGGAAACUGAGGUCAAUCAAGCACUAUCUUCUUCUUGAUCAGGGUGAUUUUUUGGUUCACUUUAUGGACAUAUCUCGGGAGGAGCUCAUGAAAAAGCCAGAUGAAAUUUCUGUUGAGAAGCUGCAGUCUCUCCUGGAUCUUGCGUUGCGAUCCACAGCAGCAGUAGCAGAUCCAUGCCACGAGGACUUAACAUGUUGUGUGGAAAGAACCACUCUGAUGAAAAGGUUGAGUACACUCAAAGAUCUUCAAACCAGCCAGACUGUUACCAGUAGCAGUGAUAUUGAAGAACCUAUCAGCAUAACAGGCUUGGAGACAUUUUCUUUGAGUUUCAAGGUCCGAUGGCCAUUAUCCCUUGUUAUCUCAAGAAAAGCUCUGACAAAAUAUCAGCUAAUAUUUCGGUUUCUAUUUCACUGCAAGAAUGUUAAUCGGCAACUUUGCGCAGCAUGGCAACUACAUCAAGGUCUUCGCCGAGUUGAUAUGCAAGGGAUAGCUAUUUCUGUCUCAUCUUUGCUGUGUCGAGAUAUGCUUAAAUUUAUCAAUAGCCUUCUACAUUAUUUGACAUUCGAGGUUCUUGAGCCGAAUUGGCAUGUCAUGCAUAGUAGACUUCAGACUGCAAAGAGUAUUGACGAGGUUAUACAACACCACGAUUUUUUUCUCGAGAAGUGUUUGAGGGAAUGUUUGCUUCUUUCACCUGUUCUUCUCAAGAAGCUGGAGAAGAUGAAAUCGAUAUGCCUUCAGUAUGCAGCGGCAGCUCAAUGGUUGAUUAGUUAUUCAAGUGACACUACAAAUAGUGACAGCCCCAAUUUGGAAAAAUACAAACAGCUGAAAUUAAGGACCCCAUCUCAGAAACUGAAAGUAACCUCAGAAAAUGCACAAGUUAUUGAAUCUAUUCUGAAAUUUGAGAGGGAAUUUUCUGGUGAGCUAGAGAGUCUAGGACCGAUAUUGAGCAGCAGUUCUCGUGCAGAGCCGUACUUGACUCAUCUAGCACAGUGGCUUCUUGGUGUGGGAAGGGACUAAAAAAGUUGUAUCUAUCUAUCUAUCUAUCAAGAUGAAGAUGUAUGUAUAUAAGUUUGUUGAUCGUGUGAGGAUUUGCUCAUUUACAUGCAAUUUCGUUCUCUCCGUGUGUUUUUUUCGCGCAAUUUGUUUUUGUGAUUUAGUUUUCUUCGUAACCUUAUUCUUUGUGUCCCUGUGUUGUUGGAGCCUUAUUGUUACACGAAAUAUGGAUUCGAUUUAAGAUCUCUUUCGGCUGAUUGGUUUUUCAGAUGUGA